AGGAGUUACAAUCUGCAUCUUUCUACCUCUGCUUGCUCUGGAGAACAGAGACCAGCAUCAGGAAAAAAGCUUACCAUUUUGCUGAAGGCUGGCAGUGAAAAUCUGCUUCAGGAAGAAAACCUUUGGAUAAAUCUCACCAUGCCUGUCGUCCUGAAGUCCAGUCCUCUGCUCUGGACACGUCUGGCUGCGCUGGUCUUCACCUGUGUGGCCUUCUCUGUGGGUUUGCAUGGGGCCAGACUCUACCUCCGCACUGGAGACUUUUGCAUCUUCUGCUGGGCCUUCAGCUUCGCUGGGACUCUUCUCGUCAUCCUAGUGGAGCUUUUCGGCCUGCAGUCCAGAGCCCCCGUUUCCUGGAAGAACUUCCCCAUCACCUUUGCGUGCUACGCCGCCCUGCUCUGCCUUUCGGCCUCCAUCAUCUUUCCCAUCUACUUCCUGAGGGGUUCUGGAGACCAAAGCGAGAUCCGCGACUUCCGCAUCGUGUGCACCGUUUUCUCCUGUCUGGCCACCAUCGCCUAUAUGAGCGAGGUCACCCUCACCAAGGCUCGGCCAGGCGAGGUCGCCGGCUACAUGGCCACCGCUCCAGGACUGCUCAAAGUCCUGGAGACCUUCGUGGCCUGCGUCAUCUUCGUCUUCAUCAGUGAACCUGUGUUGUACGACCGUCACCAUUCAGUGAAGUACUGCAUGUCGGUGUACUGCAUCUGCUUCAUCCUGACUGCAGUCAUCAUCCUGCUCUGCAUCGGCGAGUGCACUGGGUUCCUCCCAUUUCCAUUCGCCCGCUUCCUUUCCGCCUACUCACUGCUAGCAGUCGUCCUCUAUAUGUCAGCGACCAUCAUCUGGCCGAUCUUCAACUUUGACCCCCAUAAUGGUGGCCAGAAACAGAGACCAUACAACUGCAGCUCUGCAGUUGGCUUGUGCACUUGGGACAAGUGCAUGGCGGUGGCUGUGCUCACUGGGGUCAACUUUAUUCUCUACCUGGUCGACCUCAUCUACUCCACCCGCCUGGUGUUUGUCAGCGCCUGAUUGUAGGAGAAGGAAGGGCUGAAAGUUACAAUGGUGUAUUAGGGCCAUGUAGAUAGAUAAUAACAGAGGAGUAAAUGUCUGCCAAAAUACUCAGAAAUUUUUAAGAAAAACUUGGAAAUUUCUGAGUUUGAAAAGUUAAAAUUUUGCUAUGCGAAACUGAAAUUUUGAGAUUAAUCUAAGAAAUUCUUCAGAAAAAACAUGGAAAUUUCUGCCUUUGGAAACUCAAAUAUUUGCAAGGACACUUCUCAAACUUUGACAUUAAUAUCAAAAAAUUUCCAGAAAAAACAUGGAAAUUUUUAAGUUUCAAAAGUAAAAAUUUUUUUCAUUUUGUCAUUUUUUUGCGAUAGAAAUUACUGAUUUGUGGAACUAAUUUAGAAAUAUUUGCAAAACAUUUUGUGAAGUUUGUGGUUAUGCAUGAUGCCAAAUGUGCCUUUUUGUUACUGUUCACAUCAAUCACAGACCAUUGUUGUGUUCCGAUUACUUAAGAGGUAAAAUAUUUGUGAGCUCCAAAGACCACAAAUUUUAAACUUUUGAGACUUAGAAAAGAUUUCUCUAGAAAAUUUCUGACGUUAAUAUAAAAAUUUCUGAGUUUUUUUCUUGCAAAUUUACUCUUCUUUUCAUUCUACAAUGCAUCAACAUGCUGUUGUAGGCAGUGUACUGCAAAGGAAAUUGAAUUUGGUCUCCUAAUUCAGGGCUGUAAAACUGCUGUUGAACAUACUGCUGCAAGAAAGCGUCUGUUUCCUAUAACUGUACUAGUUCUAAUUAUAACAAAGAGAAGUGACCCAAAAUAACUCUUUGGUUGUUAAACAGGAAUGAAUUGUUUCAAAAAAGCAGUGGAAGAAAGCGUUUUGAAACGGUAUACUAACCUCGAAGUAUACCGUUUUAAAGUAGGAUUUAAAUCUUGUGUUCUUUCAGACUCCACUGCCAAAUUUAAUUUAGUUGACGUAUACUGCAGGAGUGAGGAUUUUAGACAAGGAAGCUUUAAAAUCAGUGGUCUAGUUUACAUCUACAAAUACAAUUUCUUAAAAAACAAAGGCUUUCUGUAGAGAAUAUGAUUAGGACAACUUGGAAAAACAUAAUUCUGACUUUAAUCUCAAAAUUCUGCCUUUUGUUCUCAAAAGUUUCAAGUCAGAAUUCUGAGAUUAAAAUUAGAUUUCUUGGAGAAAGUUCAGACUUUUGUUUUGUUUUUUUUAGCGUCCCAAAUCCUCCUCUGUAUUUCUCUUUAUGUUUUGCUCCCACCAACCUGAAUUUUAAUCAGCAACAGCCAGUUUGCUUAUUUGAAAAAACAUACAAAUAAGCAAAGCUGAUUGGUUUAACUUCAUGAAUGAAUUAAUUAUGUUUUAGCUGCAUAUAGAAAAUAAAACAGAAAAUAGUUUUACGUACAGAGAAAUAUGUUUUUUUUGGGAG